AUGCUAGCUGCAGAGACUCGCCCGAAGGCAGACUUCAUCGCCUGCCCAGUCUCCCCGAGUUCCCCUGGCUCUCCAGGGCCGGCGGCAGGCCCAGAACAGAAAGGGUUAAGGCAGGAGGCGGCGGCCGCCCGGGAGAGGCAGGUGCUUCUGCGGCAUACCUGGGCCAAAGGGCUCACACCUGCGCGCGCGCUCACCUGGCGGAGGCGCAGGGGAAAGUUUGCUCCGAGCUCUCCGGCGCUCCUCCGGACCGGCGCCCCGCAGUCUGCUCAGGCCGUCCACGUAGAGCCCCUUGGAACAGCUGCGUCAGCUGUGCAGGAUCCCAGAAAGGGCUUCGGCAUUGCUAUCUCAGGCGGCCGCGACCGUCCCAGCAACUUUGAUGGAGACACCUCAAUUAUUAUCUCCGACGUCGUGCCAGGGGGACCGGCCGAUGGUCGACUCCUGAACCGUGACAAGAUCGCCAUGGUGAACGGCCUCUCCAUGGAGAAUGUAUCGUCGUCUUUCGCCAUACAGACCUUGAAAAGCUGCGGCAAAGUGGCCAAUAUUACAGUGAAAAGACCCCGGAAAAUCCAUCUCCCGGUCACCAGCCAGCCCAAGAGCCUACCGGCAUCUGCUUCACGACCAGCCAAUGCCGGACGCUACGACUCCGACGAGGAGUACGCCUAUCAGGCCGACAAGUCCUUGCCGCCUGGCACCAGCAGACAUCCCAGCUACGGCCUGCGCCAGGCCGAGGCCGAUCACAACCGAGGCUACGAGGGUGACUCCUCCAGUGAGCGGAGCUCUGGCCGCUACCGUGACGAAGGCGAUUCUCCCCGCAGGCAGCCAAUCCGGAGCAGGAGGCGAAGCCACGACGGGAGCCACCGGAGGCGGAGUCAAGACAGUGAUUCCGAUCGGCAGCCGUUCACCAACGGCUACAGCAACCAAGGCAGUGCGAGUGGGCUGGCUUUGGUGUCUGGGUUCAAGAGGCUGCCAAAGCAAGAUGCUCCCAUGAAACCUGUCCGGUCGACCCUGGUGAAGAGCAAAGAGAAUGAAGAAUACGGCUUAAAGCUAGGGAGCCAGAUUUUCAUCAAACACAUCACGGACACGGGAUUGGCAGCAAAGGAUGCCUCGCUGCAAGAAGGAGACCUCAUCCUUAAGAUCAAUGGUGUGGCCAGCGAGAACAUGUCUCUGGAGGAGACGCGGCAGCUGAUUGAGAAGUCGGAGGGGAGGCUGACCUUGCAUGUCUUGCGGGAUAACAGUCAGUUCCUGGUCAACAUCCCUGAAGUGAGAGACAGUGACAGCGAAAGCUCCCGGCUGGAUGACAUCUCCGAUCUGGACUCAGACCACUCAAUGCCUCCCCCAGUGGGGCGUGCCCCGCCUCCUCCUGGUUCUCCGCAGAGGAAUUCUUUCCC